AUGUUUUAUAUUACAGGAAAAAAAUCGAAAAAUAACGGGGGGUAUAGCGGUGAGCAGAGCAUAGGUGAUUCUCAUGGCGAGACAUUCUACAUUCCCCGUGAUACUCCAGUUAAGCUAACAAAGCUUCCAGUCAAGUUUGCAGAUCUAACAAAUUUUCCUUUCUUUUCCGAAUUUCACUGGCUAAUCGAUUUUUCAGUCUGUGCCGUUGGUGUAUAUCUUGUUAAUGAGGUAGCAUUUAGUGGCCUUGUUCCCUGGCUGACUGCAGCUGAGAACGAAUCAAAACCCCCUUCCUUUCUCACAUCUCGAUUCAAUUUUAGCCUUGUUUGGUGUGCUCUUCCUUUAUUCUUUGCCUCCAGGACUCUUUUCUCUUUAUCUGCCAUAUAUUUUAAUAGUAAGGAUGGCCGUAAGACCAGUGAUGAGAAAGCAACUACCAUUGAAACAAAUUACCCUGUUAGUUCACUAAGUGGGGCCAAUGAUAAGCGUGUCUUGGCACCGGAACUUAUGAUACUUUUGGUUGCUGCUUUUUUUUUCCUGAUUGCCUCGAUGUCUUGUCUUGCCUUGGAUGGGCGUUUUUUCGACUUUGGCUUGGCUAAUGCCCAUGCAAACUUGAUACCCUUGGGGAGUGAGCAAAAUUCAUUAAAGGAUUAUCAUCCCUUUAUAAGUUUUGGUGCGUUUCAAGCCUUACUUGCCUUUCCUGCAGCUAUACUUGGAGCCCUGUUAACCUUUCCUGGCUUAAGAUAUGCGAGAAUGUACCUGGAUGCUGUCAAGUAA